GAGGGAAGAAGAAAAGGGAAAAUUGGUGAAAAACCGAAAAAAAACAAAACACCAGAACUAAAAUCAUGAAAAGGGAAAAGCAAGUAGCUAAACAUCUGGCUAGCCUCAACUCUGAAUGAAACCAUGUCGUGGCUUUGUGUUGCCGGCUGUUUUAGACCCUCGUUCACCCUCCAGGCGACGCUUAUCCGGACGGGUCUUCCUGCCCAUCUACCUAAGACUAGAUGCCUUAGCCCCAGAGUAGCUGCCGUGCCAAUUCCUCCUAAGAAGCUAAAACAAGGCCCUCGUCUAGUUCGCAUCGGCAGAUGGGGCGGAUGGCCUCGCUUCUCCCACUCAGGACGCCCAAAUCACGAUGUCUUGCAUGCAUGCGGGCAACAUGCUUUUGCCUUCCUUCCCCCCCCCCAAAAUGUGGAUGACAGACGGGUGACCGUCGUCGUUCUCAUGUCAGCUGCUGAUCACCGUUGCUUCUCACCUUUCCAAUUCUCAGAUUGCCAUCCUUCAGUACACACCUCGGCGGUUCUGUCUCCGUUUCCCCCUUACCUCGAGGUCGACAUUUCCUUACUACUGGGAGACUUAAUGGACUUGUUUGGUGACCUCCUUUGUCCCAAUUCAACGGAUUCCUUUCUGGUGGCUUAGCAGAGUCUCUAAAAACUGGGUCUGUGGGCUGUCAGGAUCUCCAUUCGUUGCACGCAGGCAACAAAGCAGACAGAUCAUCGGAAAGACUGGCUCGUCAUCAUCUUACUGCCAUCUGAGUGGUCCACGAAGGAUGCUUUGUGUUUUCAUUCGGACUUUGGUGUCCAGCGAGGUCGGCCCAAAAGCCAAAGGGAAACAGUGGUGUUUCAGCUACGUCAUCGGGCAUCAAUCGCUCCGUAAACACUUCAGAGGCAAAGUGCAAUAGAUAGGACUUACCAUAUAUCCCGCAAGCUUCGUUGAGACAUAAAUGUAUCUCACCUACCUUAGUCUAUCGG